AUGCCUACCCAAGAGCCUAAAAACUCCGCUUAUCCUUCUCCAGAAAAUCCUCUACAUCCAAACAUAUACCACCAUCAGACAUCUGGAAGCCAUAAUCUGAACCCCAUCUAUGUUGAAAUACUUUCACUCAACUAUUCUCAACCCACAGCCAAUAACUUAGUGAAUGAUUAUACGAUGCAGGAUGUAGUUGAGAGGUUGAGACAUUUGGAAGAAAACAAGGGUAUCAAGGGUCUCAAUUACGAAGACUUGUGCAUUCACCCAGAUGUAGAACUGUCGAAGGGGUACAAACCUCCCAAGUGUGAGUUGUACAAUGGGAUUGGAGAUCCUAAGGUGCAUCUGCGUGUGUACUAUGACAAACUUGUGGGUGUAGGAAAGAAUGAGAAAAUUUGGAUGAAGCUGUUUAUGAGAAGCCUCAUGGGAGAGUCCCUCACAUGGUACAUUGAGAAGGGUGUGAAAAAGUGGGCAGGCUGGCUUGACGUGGCGUCUAGCUUCGUUGAUUGGUUUGGGUAUAAUACCGACAAUGCUUUGAGUUGGACUUACAUGCAGGCAAUGAGGAAGAAGCCAAAUAAAUCCUUCCAUGAAUACGCCAUGAGAUGGAGGGCCGAGCCUGCGAGAGCUCUACCUUCAGGUGAAGAGCAACAAAUAAAGAAAUAUUUUAUCAAGUCACAAGAGCCACAAUACCAUGACAAAAUGAUAAAGAUCACAGACAAAAGCUUCUCUGAAAUAAUCAGAAUAGGAGAAAUAUUUGAGGAGAGUCUUAAAAAUGGUAGCAUUAUCCACUUGAACACUCAAUCUAUAGGAGCAGUGGAAAAUAAGUAG